AUGGUGAAGAUUGAGCGUUUGCUUUCAGCUGCCACAGACGAGCUUCGAGUCAAGCUGAUCAGCGAAGAUGGCGAUGAACUGGAAGCCAUCGGCAAAAUUUGGAAGAACGUGGAGCUCAUGCACGCCCAUCUGGGUACUCUCGGCAUAGUGAGCACAGCGGGGGCCGAGAUGGAAGGCUUCUUUCAGAGACAUGUGGAGUCUGUCAAGCAGCAGGUUGGCGAAAUGCUCUGCAAAGCUGAGAGCCAAUCAGAAGCCUUCGCAAAGGACUGGGCAAACCAGCUCUGGCACAAAAUCAGCUUCCUGGAAGGGGUCUACAAUGUGGGCAUGCGAGGUGAUGGCUCCGCCGGCCUCAAUCCAGCUAUCGGGCUACGUGCGACCAUCCGUAUCAUCAUUGAGACUUUGCCACCGAAGAACAGAGAGAUUUUCGAGAAGCGCUUCACAAAUCCGGUGCACGUCCAUAUGAACGUGUUCUUUACGAGAGCACUUCACAGCGACGCUGCCAGUUGUUCGCCGAGUUGGGGGAGAGGCAGAAGCUCCUACUCUCAGGUCCUAGGGGAGCCGACGUGCAGAAAUGCUCUUGAUGCUGCUCAGACGCUCUUGUCGGAAUGCACUGACUCGGAGGUCCAAGAGCUCCUGAAUGCAUGCAACCGCCAGUGA